AUGAUGCCUUCUCUAUUGCUUCAGGGGUCCGAGGACAUUUGGGAGGACGUACUCGCUCAUUAUCAGGCGAAGAGAGAGGCAGAGGUGGAAGAAGCUAUCAUGAUUCAGAAGGACCGCUCUCCUGGCCGCCCAGAUAUGUCCACUAACGGAGACAACGAGACAAAGACCAAACGUCGCCCACCUCGUCGUCGACCCGUCAAGAAGGAGACUGCGGCCGUCGAAGAUGAACUUCUCGGUCUCGCUGACACGCGAGGCAGCAGUUUACCUCCCUCCGAAGUGAUCGACCUGGAAGACGCAGAGCCCGUAGGACCCGAUACGAUCGUCCAUCCGUGUGGACUUACUCGCGCUCAACUCAUCGCCAAAGUUGAAUCGAACGACCUGGUAGGAUUGACAGAACAAGACGUCAAGGCUGUCCAGGACGAGAUUUGGGAACGGCAGAUUCAACGACAGGGAAACUCUGCGCCAGUAAAGAAGGAUGGAACGCUGCGCCGAAAGCCUGGUCCUGCAAAAGGUUGGAAAAAGCUUCGGGCGGGUGAAACAUUGACGGAAGAUCUUCGAGGUGAUGGAGAAAGUGAAUAUGGAAGUACUAUGGGUGGAGGGGAAGAUAUAGAAGGAGGUGGCGGAGAGGCCGAUGCGGAGAUCGCAGCUUUGCUUGGAGGGCCACGUAAAUCGAAAUCGAAGAGUAAGAGAAGGCGCGGUGGUGGGGGAGGAGGAGGAGGAGGAGCAGGGGGAGGAGUAGGCGGGGAAGAUGAAGAGGAACGCGAGGCGAGGUACCGUGCCCUAGGGGAAUACUCCGACGACGAACCCGGUGCAGGAGGAUACGGAUAUUAUGACGAAGCUCGACGAGAUCUUGACGAGGAUAUUCUCAGUAUCGCGGAUGAUCGCAGACCAAGUAAGAGGCCGACAGGUGGAGCAGGUGGAGGAGGAUCACGACCUCGACCAAGGGCUAGAGCAUCUCAAUCGGAUCUAAGGAGAAUAGAAGCGGAGGAUGAGUUGUUCGGUCUAGCCACUGGUUCAGGAAGUGGUGGCGGUGUCGUCGGUGGUGCUGCGACACCACCCAUACAGCUGGCAGCACCAGAAGAACCGAAAAAUCAUCAAGAUCCAAGAGGUGUCAGCGAAGCUGAAGCUAGGGCUAGAUUGGCCGCUGUGGAAGAGUUGCAGAAGCAAGUGUGGCAGAUCAUCGUGAGAGAUGUGCCAAAGAUGUACCGAGUCUAUCAAGCCCAUGAUACGAACGUCAAGCAAGAUUGCUCUCGAACGGCGCAAGCCUGCAUGCGGAAUGCCUUCUACCAACGAGCCAUGAAACCGACGUACAAGUCCGCCGCGAGGAUCAACAAGGACACGAUCUCCAAAUCGCGACGAGUCGUCAAAGAGAUGCUCCUCUACUGGCGAAAGAAUGAGAAAGAUGAACUGGCAGCACGUAAAAAGGCUGAAAAAGAAGCUCUCGAUCGAGCCAAAGCUGAGGAAGAAGCACGAGAAGCCAAACGGCAAUCACGUAAACUCAACUUUUUGUUAACUCAGACAGAACUCUACUCUCACUUUAUCGGUAAGAAGAUCAAGACCGCCGAAGCGGAAGGCGUGGAUGGUGAAGUCACACCGUUACGGGACGGAGAUGUCGAGCGGAAUGUGGAAAGGGAUGAAUUGUUGGCUCGAGGGGAGAUCGGCUUGGAUGCGGAUGGCAAGCCUCUGGCCGAUAUCGAUUAUGAUGAGGAUGACGACGAAACGAUCCGUCAGCACGCCGCCCGAGGCGCCCACGCCGCCGUCCAAGCUGCUAGGGAGAAAGCCAAAGCCUUUGACGACGCGCGAGGUGGAGCACAGCCGGCUUUGGACUUGGACGGGGAUGAGCUCAACUUCCAAAAUCCUACGCUGGCAGAAGACAGCGUAACGAUCACUCAGCCCAAGAUGCUGAUGGCUCAAUUGAAAGAGUAUCAGUUGAAGGGAUUGACGUGGUUAGGGAAUUUGUAUGAACAGGGUAUCAAUGGGAUAUUGGCGGACGAAAUGGGUCUCGGCAAGACCAUCCAAUCUAUAUCUCUGCUCGCCUACCUCGCCGAACAUCACAACCUUUGGGGCCCUUUCCUCGUCAUUGCGCCUGCGUCCACACUGCAUAAUUGGCAACAAGAGCUAGCGCGUUUCGUACCCCGCCUCAAGGCAUUGCCAUACUGGGGAUCUCCGAAGGACCGAGAGACGCUGCGAAAGAUUUGGAGUCGAAAGAAUAUGACUUUCACCGAGGAGAGUCCUUUCCACAUCCUCGUGACGAGUUAUCAACUCGCUGUACAAGAUGAAAAAUAUUUCCAUGCGACUCGAUGGCAAUACAUGGUCUUGGACGAAGCACAAGCCAUCAAAUCAUCGUCAUCUGCUCGAUGGAAAUCGUUACUGUCGCUACAUUGUCGAAAUCGACUGUUAUUGACGGGAACUCCAAUUCAAAACUCCAUGCAAGAACUCUGGGCCCUGCUUCACUUCAUCAUGCCUUCCCUAUUCGAUUCGCAUGAGGAAUUCAGCGAGUGGUUCUCGAAAGACAUUGAGAACGCCGCUGGGGGAGGGACGGGAACUCUUCAACCGGAACAGUUGAGACGUUUGCACAUGAUACUCAAGCCUUUCAUGCUGAGGCGAGUCAAGAAGCAUGUUCAGAAGGAACUAGGUGACAAGAUUGAGAUUGACCUUCUCGUGGAUCUGUCUCAGCGACAGCGAAACAUCUACAAGGCACUUCGUCAACGCGUUUCUAUCGCCGAUCUCAUUGCCCAAGCUAACAACUUGACCGACUCGGCGGGUGCCAAGAACCUCAUGAACCUCGUCAUGCAGUUCCGAAAAGUCUGCAAUCAUCCGGACUUGUUCGAGCGAGCAGAUGUCGUCUCCCCAUAUGUCUUUGGCUCGUUCUCGCACUCUGGACCACUAUCCCGGGAAGGCGAUCAGCUCUAUUGCCCCGAUUCACUGAAGAAUCUCAUCCAAGUCAAGUUACCCAAACUCAUUUGGACCCGAGGCACAUUGGACAGACCUUGCGAUGAGGAACAGCCUAUACCGGGCACCGAUACGCGAUACGUCAACUCCUUGAUGAACAUUUGGAACCCUGCUUGGAUCAAUGCCAGCGUGAAAGAGGAUCAAGGGGAAUUCGGGUUCCUGCGAUUGCUGGAUCUGUCUCCGGGAGCUCUGGCAACGAGGGCAAAAUCUCAUCCUUUGGUAAAGCUCUUACGUGGGGCAGAGGACGAGGUGGAGAUUGUCGAGGAAGGAGAGCUUGAAAAUGACGCCUCGUUCGCCGCAUCCACACGUCAUCCCUAUGCUCGUGUAGCUCCGCGAGUUCCACGGACCGAGCUGGUUUCUGGCUUGACUCCCCUCACGGAUAUCACCAACGAAUGCUGGCAUGAUUCCUUCCUCUCCCGUCGGGAAGCUCGAUUCGCCAUUGAGCCUGCUGUUACGACUUUCAUCAAGCCCGUCAUUUCAGAUCGAUCGUAUCUCGAUACCGAGGCUCUAGUGUUCUCCGAUCCAAUCAUCACCAAAGCGCUCUACGGUCCUACACCUUCUGAGAAAAACGACAAGCAGUCCACUCGGCACCUCGAGCAGGUCGUUCCGUCCCUCACUGCGAAUGGGUUGAUCCCGAGAUCUUCGACACAGACACCAUGGAGUACGCUUCAGAUCCCGCCGCCCAAGCGACUCAUCGUGGAUUCUGCAAAACUCGCUCGAUUGGACGACUUGCUCCGCGUGCUCAAGAGCCAAGGUCAUCGUGUUUUGCUGUAUUUCCAAAUGACAAAAAUGAUGGACCUGGUGGAAGAGUAUUUGAUCUAUAGGCAGUACAAGUACCUCCGCUUGGAUGGAAGUAGCCCGAUUGGUGAGAGGAGAGAUAUGGUCACGAAUUUCCAGACAAACCCCGACUAUUUCAUCUUUUGCUUGAGUACUCGGGCUGGUGGUCUUGGAAUCAAUCUCACAGCUGCGGAUACCGUUAUUUUCUACGACCAUGAUUGGAAUCCGUCCAAUGACGCUCAGGCCAUGGACCGAGCACAUCGGGUCGGUCAAACGAAACAAGUCACUGUCUAUCGUCUCAUUGCCCGAGGAACGAUCGAAGAACGUAUUCUCAAACUUGCUCGAGCAAAAAAGGACGUUCAAGAUAUCGUUGUCGGUACGAAAUCCCUCACGGAUGUUGCCAAGCCAUCUGAAAUCGUCUCGUUAUUCAUGGACGAUGAGGAGCUAGCUGAAUCCGUUGCUAAGCGGAAACAAGCUGAAGCUCAUGGAUAUGUCGUUCCGACGAUCAUUUCAAAGACCAAGUCCAAGUUUGGAGAUGGAUUGGGAGGCAACAUGGAUGACGACGAAGAUGAUUUCUUCAGUCUAAAGAAACGGCCUGCGAAUAAUGAAGAUGAGGACUUUGGGGAUGAAACGCAAGGUGGAUCAGCAGGCGGUUCAGGAGCAGCGGCAAAUAGCGGCGGCGGCGGUGGUGGUGGUGGUGGUGGUGGUGGUGGAUCAGGAGCUACUGGUGCAUCAGUCAAUGGGGCGGGAUCGAAAUCAAAAUCUAAGAAGAGGAAAGCGGACGGCGAGACCCCGACGCCUAAGAAGGCUCCGAAGAAGAAAGUCAAAAUUGCUCUGGGACCAGAUGGUCUGCCACUGUGAGAUGAUGGAGGGGGGAAGGACCCUCUUGGUGUUAAGAGUGGAGCAUGCGAGAGACGAUGUAAUCAGUUGACAAAUCAGCAUUUUUUGCGCCUUUAUUCGUGUGAUGCGUAGUAUGCAGAUAUAGUGUAGUUUACAGUCUGCAACCGGCUGCACAUCAUUCACAGUCAGGUCACUUGUUACAGUUACAGGAGAAGAAAUGCAUCGAUCUCGCCAGA